AUGUCUUCAUCAUCACCACCUAAACGUCUUCGAAAACAUUCUCAAAAUGAAUUCAUCUCAUUAAUGAUCUCAUCGAAACGCUUACCAUCGACAUCCUAUCAUCAAAUAACGGAUUUAAAUCUUUCAAAUUUACAAUUAAUUCAAAUCGAUUCAUUUCCAUUUGAACAUUUACCUAAACUCGUUUCGCUCGACUUAUCCUACAAUCAGUUAACGGUAAUCAAUCCUGAUUGGUCGAAAGCCAAAGAAAAUUUCAUUGAGAAAUUAAACGUCAGUCAUAACAAAUUAGAAACAUUGUUAUUUCUUCGCGAUUUCAAACACUUAAAAAGUUUGAACAUCACUGAGAAUCUUCUACGAAACAAUGAACGAUUCUUAUCAUUACAACUUUGUCCGACUCUCGAACAACUAACUGAUGCGAAUCGAAAUCAAAUCGAUGAUGAUCAGUUGAAAUUAGAUCAAUGGUUACAAAUCAUCGAAACAAAGAUCGAUCGUCUCUGGGCGAUGUCUUACUAUGACAAAUACAAACAGGAAUUGCCCAAUGAGAAAAAUCAACAAGUAGUCAAAAAAUUAAUCGAAGAUUUUCGCCAUGCAACAAUCAAAAUUAUUGAAAGGCAACCGGAUUUCAACCAAGCUCAUCUAUCGCCGUUAGCUAACUAUUUAAUAACGAAGAAGAUCGACGAACUUUGUAGUUCACCACCGAAGCUGCAAGCAAAAAAGAGCUUUAAAACUCAUUUAACGGCUGAAUUCAAUGAUGUUAUGGAUAUCAAAACACAUUUCGAACCAAUAAAAUUUCUCCGUUGUCAUCAAGCAAGUGAGAAUGAUUUGACAACAGUAUCUGUACGAAUGGGUUUGUUCGAACCAAAUACAACACAAAACAUUUUCGCAACUUGCGGUGGACAAAAAGUGUGUUUCAUCGAUUGUGAUAUAUGCGAAGUCACUCAUCUCUAUGAAGUCGCCGCAUUGCGUUCGACGACAAUGGCAACACCAGCGCGAAAACUACGUGAUAAGAGUGGCACAACGUCAAAUGAACAUUUUUCGUGUCUAUGCUGGUUGGAAAUUGCUGAUGGAAAGGAAAAUCACAAAGUUUUAGCUGUUGGAGCAACGAAUGGACAUAUCUAUCUUUUAUCGCACAAACAUAAACUUAUGUUUGGACAUAUUGAGCUACCUGCAUCGUCCAUCAAUUGCUUAACAUGGGAGUCCAGCAAUCCAUCAAUAUUGAUUAUUGGCUCUUAUCAUACUGUACGUUUCUUAAACAUUCAAUGUCAUCUAGAUCGUUUCCUAUCAUUCAUUCGUAAACAAAACAAGCCAAUUGCUCAAUUUGACUAUGUCGAAACAGCUGCAGCUAAUAACAAACUUUCAUCGAAUCAUGUUUAUUAUUUCGACAAUGGUGAUGAUUCAGUUCUCAGUGUAACAGAUUUACUAUGUUACCCAUCGACAAAAGAGAACAUGCUUCUCCUGGUUGGUACAACAUCAGGUCUAUUCGUUAUUCAUGAACAAACGCCAAUUCGAUUAACAUUUCCACAAUCAAUGUGUACAGUUGGCGAACAUAUUGAAUCCAUUCGUUUAGUCGAUGGUCAUCCACGUUUAGUAGCAAUGAAUAUUCUCGGUCUUGAUCAAAUAUGUUGUUUUGAUCUUGAACAAUCUCUUCCUCCUCAUCAGCAACUCCAUAUGAGUCUGUCACUUCCAAAUCCUUAUCGACAAAUACCAACGAAGAUGGCUGUAUGUUCAACAAACAAUGAAAAAGAAAAUAAUAACACUUCAUUCGAAUGUAUUCUUGGCAGUGAUCAUGGUUCAUACUUCUAUCAUCAAAUCCGUAUGAAUGUACAUAAUAAGAAAACGAGAAAAGCAUCAUUCGACAAUAAACGCUAUGAAAUUACUUGGCCACAAGUGAAAACAUCUUCAGCCCCUAGUCUUCUUUCAGCUUGUCUCAACGAAACCUAUCUGUGUUUAACUACAAGUAAUAAUCUGAUAUGUAUAUACAAACGAAAAUGA